UUCAGCGGCACCGGGCGGUCUGGCCUUGGCCCACGGACCGCUUAUUGACUGCCCCUGCGUCGUGUCGUCAUAGGCCUCAGGGCAGCUGCAGGGAAAUGUCAUGACUGUUACCUUGGGGGGAGGGAGGAGAGAGUGGGACUGGCACAUAGGCAACAUUUAUCUCUGGGUUCAGCAGAUGUUUUCCAUUCUAUAGAGAUAUCUGUACUGUGCUCAUCACCAUAGGAUCUGGGGCCUGGUCUACAGCUAACACUUAGGUCGGCCUUGCUACAUCGCUCAGGGCUGUGAACAUUUCAUGCCCUGAGCGCUAUAGAUAGCUUUGCUGAGCAGCAUGGCUUCAGUAAGCCUAACGAUGACCGUGCCCUCCAUCUGAUGACUAAGUGUGCCCAGACUGUGAUGCAAGAGCUGGAGGAUAUUGUCAUGGCUUAUGGACAGAGUGAUGAGUACAGCUUUGUUUUUAAAAAGAAAAGUAACUGGUUUAAAAGAAGAGCGAGUAAGUUCAUGACUCACGUCGUCUCCCAGUUUGCCUCCAGUUAUGUUUUCUACUGGAAGGAUUAUUUUAAGGACCAGCCACUCCUAUAUCCACCAGGAUUUGAUGGACGAGUUGUCUUGUAUCCCAGUAACCAGAAUUUAAAGGACUAUCUCAGCUGGAGACAAGCAGAUUGCCACAUUAAUAACCUCUAUAAUACAGUGUUUUGGAUGCUUGUGCAGCGAAGUGGCUUGACACCAAUCCAAGCACAAGACAGAUUACAGGGAACUUUGGCUGGGGACAAGAAUGAGAUUUUAUUUUCUGAAUUCAACAUUAACUACAACAAUGAGCCCUUGAUGUAUAGGAAAGGAACUGUACUAAUAUGGCAGAAGGUUAACGAAGUCACUACAAAAAGAAUAAAACUGCCAAAGGAAACUGAAGAGAAGGAAGUUGAAGUGACACGGACCAGGACUAAAGCUGUCCCACUGCACUGUGACAUCAUUGGGGACCAGUUCUGGGAGGAGUAUCCAGAAAUCCUAGCUGAUAGCUGACCUUCCCAGUUUGAGUUCUUGUGCAAAUAACAGGAAACAACUUAUCUGCAUGAGCUUCUGGGAAGUGAGGACUCUGGGGUGAGGCUCAGAUUAUUUAACUUUGUAAUUCAGCAUCCACAUUUUGAGCGAUACUGUCUUAGAAACAUUGUCCUUGCCUUUCAUGCAGAUAUGUCUGCCUGCAAAAGCUAAAAUCAUGUUACUUUCAAAGGGCAAGAAUUUUUAUAUAAAAUUACAAAAUUAACUCUUGUAAAUGCAUAUUUGCAUUGAUUUAUAACAAUAUCAUCAUGCAUUUAUGUGGCAUCUUUCACAUUAGAGUCACAGGGUGCUUUAUAGAGUUACUCACCUAAAGCGAUCCACUCUUUGGAACAGUUAAAAGUAGCAGAAAGAUUAUUUCUGUAGCUUUGUUUUAAACUCUGAAACAGACUAAAGACUUGGACUAGUGCCUUGAAUCAAGUUCUAUAACCAGGGAGCUUAGUUACAUAAACUCUCUAGCAGUCAACAUCUCAGGCCCAUAUCGAGAAUACACAAAAUAGCCCACAAUUUUCUGUAACUAAUUUUAAAGGGUUUUUCUCAUGUGUAAAUUACUUUUGUAUUUUUUAAAGAUGCAGAAAUGUAAUUCUCCCCCUUCGACUCCCAUGUUUACUCUUCAGACUCUAUCGUCACUGUGGCUUUGCUAGUUAUUAGUGAAGGUCUCAAAUGGCCAAAUGUAAUAAAGUUCUCAUACAGACUUCUAUCACAGUA